UAACAUUCAAUAGUAUAUUAUCCUACUGUAUGUAGUAUGUUUGUGGAAUGGUUCUACCAAAUGCCUGGCAACAUCCUAGCUGGGUACCAAAAAAAAGUUCACUCGGCUACAUUGGCACACAUAAUGAUGCUGGGCUGAGAUAAAUCUCUGGGAGGAAGCCACCUGUCGAAAGAGGAUAGAGAAUUUGAGACGAGUCUCUGAACUAGCUAGCGGCCCUGCCUCAGACGGGGGGUGGUUUUUCUCCCAAUUUCACAGAAUUGUGUUUCUCGGCGAGAGCCUCGUACUUGAGCGCCUCCGAGGUUGGGUGGUUGAGACUGGCCCAGGCGCUCUGGGCUUCAACCGGCGUAUUCUCGCGGGAUCACGGGCCGUCUCCAUGGCUACCUGCUAACAAAACCGGGAAGAUGGAGGGCGGCAAGGAGGCGGAGGGGUUUGAAGGGUCUUGGCAGAGUCCUAAGAAAGGUCAGUCACUUACGACCUCGACCGCGCCAAAUGCCACCCCCGAUGAGGCCUCGGCGGUAUUAACUGAAGAACCAGUUACUGCGUCCCAGGAGAGCCGCGGGGUCGUCCAGAAGGCCUCAGAGGUCUGCACGGAUUCCAGCAUCGCCUCGCCUGUUCGGGUGUGCUGUGAUUUCACGCCGCCGUGCCGCAUGCAGCCAGCCUUGCACUGCUGCUGCGAGCCGAGCACCCAGAAGCAGGACUCCUGGGAGGCGCUGCAAGUCCCCGAGCCCGGCGCUCCAGGGCUGCCCUGGACCCCAGUUUGCCAGAUCCCCCCGGAGCUGCCGCCGCGGGGCCAGUGCCUCAUCCAUAACUGGGUGGAGGAGAGAGCUACCAAUGAGCUGGACCGGGUCCUAAAUCGUGAGGAAAGCGAGGGUUACCGCUUCCGCCACGGGCACGUGGGACUGCUGACCCUGGAGCUGUCCUCCCCCCAGACCUCCAGGACUACCCAAAAGGAUUCCUACCAGCAUCCAGGGGAUCCUCGGAAAGCCCUCCGAGGGAAGAAAGAAGCCAUGCUGGAACUGCUUCUGCACCACGAGAUUCGAAAAGGUGUAAAUCUUCAAGGUUCUACUUGUGAAAUAACAGAAAUGAUGCUACUGGUCAAGAAGAGAGGAUUCAAGUGCACAAGGGUAGUAACUGGUGAAGAGGGAGUGUGGUGACAUUUUCAGAGCUAGACAAAGUUGGGAAGUAGACCCAGACCCAAGCAUUAAACUGUCUCAGUCA